CUCUUUAAUGCAGAGACAUCUUUUGACAUCUGACAUCUGACCUUCUAUCUAUCACUCAAUUACUCACUCACUCACACUCGUUUGACGAUCCCACUCACACUCAUUUGAAACAUCCUAUCAACUUCCUAUCAUCAUGAAAUUCUUCGUGGUCGUUGCUCUCGCUUUGAUCUCUGCCGUCGUUGCCGAUUACGGCGACUGUCGUGAUACAGGUUGCCCGGGAGGACAAUGCGUGUCCUCCAACUCGAGCGACCCAUCUGCAGGAUACAUUUGCGAAUUCCCUCCUGCUUCGUCUAGCCCCGCCGCCGCUACGACCAGUGCCGUGAUCAACGAUUGCCGAACCUCCUCUACUGGAUGCCCAGGCGGAUACUGCGUCGCUAGCGACUCGUCUGACCCCAACGCCGCCUAUGUCUGCUCCUUCACCAUCACCCCUCAACAGACUCCUGCAGUUCAAGCAGGCGUAAGCAGUAACGGAAAAGCCCCCACGACCAUCAAUGUUGGAGGGGCAGUAGCCGCUACGACCACUACCCCAGCUACGAUCGCUACCAAGACUAGCGGAUCAAACUCUGGUGGAAACGCUGCUGGCAAUGCUGGCGCCGCUGGUUCAAGUAACGCCGUCGCGUCCAUCGAUCAAGCUACCAUCCCUUCCGUUGCGGCUGCCGUCAAAACUGGUGCCGCCUUGGCUACGACUUCGACAGGUCAAGGUCUCUUUUGGGGUCUGGUCGUUGCCGUCUUCGCGUUGGCUUAAACCCUUCCAAACCUCUUGACCUGGACACCCAUGCUUUCUUCGGCCCUGGACAUUUCGGUUCGCUCUUUUCCCCUCGUUUUUUUACCUAUAGGGUCCUAUAAAAGUCUUACUAUUUCGCGCUUGACGCGUUGCCAGUCCGCAUUAUGCUCGUGCGCAUGCAGACAAUCCGAAUCCAUC